AUGACUACAGCCGCCGCGUCGAGUGCGGCGGUGGCCGUCGAGAAAAGGAGCCUCGUCAUGUACGUCGGUAGCCGGGUGAAGGUGACACUGGAUGACGCGAGCGUCCUGACCGGCCGCCUCGUUUCGCUAAGCAGCUGCGGCAAUCUCAUCCUCACCGAUGUGGAGCGUCAGCGCAUUCUCAAGCGCCGCCGCAGUCGCGACGGGGUGCAUGAAACAACCCGUGAGUGCUACGCUGACGUUCUCUUUGUGCGCGGCAGCUCUGUCGUCUCCGUUGGAUACGAUAGCGGUAUUACUACCGAUAAAUCGGUGAUUGACCACAUUGGAGGACGGGAGGCGAACAGCUCGCGCAUGGUGCAGCUCGCAAACGCCGCCCCGUCGACGCGGUGA